AUGACUGGUGAUAUAGCAAGUAUUCAAGUUAACCUCAAAGAAUUCGUGUUUGAUCGCGUUCUGGAUGAAAACGCGCUCGCACAUACGUUAGCCGUCCUGGGCACACUACCCUCACCAUCGGCACCCUCUGUACCUCUUCGUGCCGUCCUUCGCUUCGAGCGCACGUCCCUGUCAUCUACUGUCGCUGCCCAGCUCUCAUCUGGCAUUCUUGAGUCUACCAAGAAAAUCGGAAGCACUGACAUUUACUCGUGGUUCUUUGCAUGGCUUCACAAGCGCGAUGACUCCCCUGACGUGAAGAUCUAUGUCAUCUGCCCCGCUACUGACGUCCACGUCCGCAAGUAUACAAAGCAGGACGUUCUCAUGGUGCACGAGACCCCCGCCCUCUACCAGUCUAUUGUCAAAUCAUACAUUCUCGCCUUCGACCCCGCACGCACACAAUGGGUCCAGGACAUCCUCGUAGGUACCGCUGAAGCAUCCAAUAUCCUAAAUGCCUCUUCGGACUUUCUCAUUCUUCCCGACAUGAAGUGGGACACAACCAAUGUCUCCGACCUCUACCUCCUCGCAAUUUAUACACACUCUGACGUACACUGCAUGCGCGAUCUCCGCAAAAAGCCGCACUUGGAAAUGCUCAAGAACCUUCGAAGAGAUGCUUGGAGAGUUGUGCAGAAUAAGUGGGGUAUCGGCCGUGGUGGCGUCAGGAUGUACAUCCAUUAUCAGCCGAGUUAUUACCACUUUCACGUGCACAUUGUCCACACUGGUCAUGUCGGGCUGCACGGUAUGACAGUGGGGCAAGCUCACUUACUAGAUGAUGUAAUUGCGUUGCUCGAACUAGACCCUGACGAUGGCUCUUCCGUUCUUGGGCGCAUGACAUUCACUUACGGACUCGGCACAGAACAUGGGUUGUAUAAAGCCAUGGCUGCAGCACUUGCAGAGGUGCAUGAUACGGAUUAG